AUGAGUUCAUCAUCUAAACGACAAUUACCAAAUGGGAAUUUUGAAUCAACUGAAAAAAUCCGACAUUUAAAUACAGCAUUAAUUAAUACAGAAAAUAAUUUACGACAUGCACAACAAAAUUUUGAAUUAUUAAAACAAAUUCAACAACCCACAUCAACAUCUUUAUUAGAUACAUUUCGUAAUAAUGGUACUAAUAAUGAUGGUCUUCUUUCAACAUUUGACUCAAAUUAUGAUCAAGAACAAACAACAAUAGGUUCACGACGUCCAACAACAUCAUCAUCGAAUAAUCAACGAAGUAACAGUAGUAAAGGUGUUCGUUUUAAUGAUGAUGUUAUUGGACGUUCAUUACAUAAUCUUAAUAAUGAAUUACAAUCAUUAUCAAGUGAACAUGGAAAACUUAAACAUGAAAUUAGUAAAACAACAUCAUCAAAACAUCAACAACAAAAAGAAUCAUUAAAUUUAAAUGACAGUGAUGAUCCUGAUGAAAAUGACUCAUUUCUAUCCAAACAAGAUCCACUAGUUGACGAGAUUGUUCAAUCACGUAUUGAUCGACGUUUACAAGAAAUCGAACGUGAAAUAAAACGUGAUAAAGAUCAACAACAACAACAAGGAGAUAUUCGUGUACUUAUAAAUGAAAUUCAAUCACAACGAAAUUCAACAACACCAAUUCAUAAUGAAGAAGAUAAAAUUUUACAAGCUCGACUUUUACUUGCUGAAUCAAAUAAACAAAUGUAUGAAUCUCAAUUACAAAAUGCUAAAAGACAAUUAGAAGAAAGUGAAAUUAAUAAAAGUUUAUUAGCACAACAGGUAGCACAACUUAGAGAUCAAUUAACAAGAACUGAUUUAGAACGUGAUAAACAACAAAGAGAUGAAGAAUUAUCAUUAACAGUUAAUCGACGGCGAAGAGCAGAACAAGAUCGUCUUCAAUUGGAACGUGAUUAUUUAAUUCAGCAACAAAUGAUGCUUUCAAAAUCGACAACAUUAAAUGAAAUGGUUACAUUUAAAAAAGAACUUGAAAAAAGUGAACGUCAACGUGAACAACUUUCAGAUCAUUUAGAGGUCUUAAUGAAAAAAUGUGAUGAUAAAGAAAGACUUGUUGCAAAAAGUUUACUUGAAUUAAAAGAAACAACAGAAAACUGUGAUACAUAUGAACGACAAAAUGCAAAAUUACAACGUGAUUUAGCAUUAGCAUUAGAAAAAUUAGAAGAAAUGACACAAGAAGCUGAACGUUAUGCACAAGAAGCAUUGAAUUCUCAAAAACAAUUAGUUGAUUCCGAACAACAACGAGAAGAAUUAAAAAUUCAAGCACAAGAAACAAUUAAACAAUGGAAAGCAAAAGUUAAAAAACUCGAAAAAGAUGUUGAUCGACAUAAAUUUGGUUCAACACAAAUGUUAGAACGAAACGAACAAUUAGUUAAAGAAACAGAAAAUAUUAAAACACAAAAUAUUACUUUACGUGAACAAAUUUCAAGACUUGAAACAGAUUUCAAUGAUGCAAAUACGAAAUAUAAUCGAUUAGAAGAACAUUUCAAACGAACUGAAAAUGAUCUUGUUCAAAUUCGUUCGAUACGUUCUACACAAGAAGCAGAAAUAGCAACACUUAAAAGUUCAGUUAACGAACUUGAAAGUCAAUUAUCUGUUUAUCGUCAACGUCAUUCACAAAUUGAUAAAGAAAAACAAAAUAUUCAACAAUUAUUACAAGAAGAAAUAAAUCAUCGAAAUAAUGUUGAUUCAAGAUUAAAACAAGCUGAACAAGAUAUUGAAAUGCUUAAUACAUCUCGUUCUCAAUUUCAACAACAUAUUAUGGAACUUGAAAAUGAACGCAUGGUACAAAUAUAA